AUGAGUUGGGCCACCGCUGCUCUUAAGUUUUUUGGAGCACAGCUAGAAGAAACACAGAAAACCGCGAUCGGCAAUGCUGACUUCAAAUGCCCCCGCUAUGCUCCUGCACAGGCAAAGCAAAUUCUAGAGUCAGGCAGUAGAAUCGACUGGACGCAGAUUGAUUGGAAACUGCAUGGUCCCAGCGCCAGAGAUUUAGCUAUCGAGUCGGAGACUCCAAGAUGGACGAAUCCAGAGAACUAUACACCAUCCGGUUCAGAACUAUUUAUCCCUUACAGAUUUGCACGAGAUCACUUUACUAAUGUUACGAUGAAUCUGGUCACGGAAUCGAUCGAAGAAAUGUCAACCUAUCUUGGAGGGUGCAUUCAAUUUUACGACGACUCUGAGACACAAAAAUACGCAGACAAGGGAUUUAAUUGGAACCACCACAUUAACGUCCGGCAAUAUGAUGAAAAUUGGUCGCACGACACUGGUUGCUGGUCAUAUGUUGGGCAUGUUGUCAAUGGAGCUCAAGAUCUCAACUUAGGUCCUGAUUGUCUAAUUAAAGGUACGAUCCAACACGAGUUUUUGCACGCUUUGGGCUUCUACCACGAGCACACUCGAGCAGAUCGAGACGACUACGUGAAGGUUUUUCCGGAGAAUAUCAUUGACGAAUACGAGAUCAACUACGACAAGUUGCCUUGGAGCCUUUGGGCGAAUGUGGGUUCGCCUUACGACAUAGCGUCCGUCAUGCAUUACGGCUCUACUUUCUUUAGAACACUUGAAGCUCAGCAGGCUGGUCUCUAUGCCAUGACUGAUAUGGCAGACCAACCGUUCGAUGCGCAGAGAGAAAGAGCUUCUAGCAUUGAUAUGCACCAGCUAGCUCAUAUCUAUCCAGAUUCCUGCGAAGCCAUGAAGACAGCACGAUUUACUGCUUGUAAUAAUGGCCAUCCGCUUCUAGGCGAUCGAAUCUGCGACGGAUACAAGGAUUGCCUUGACCACUCUGACGAAGGGAACAUGUGCAUGCCUUACAACGGUUGCUGCGAUAAGACUUUCGAUAUUGUCGGUUGGGGCGAUUUCGCUGUUGAUUUCCCCGGAAUGCGAUUUAUGGGUCUCGAAGAAGAGUUCCAGAGACCUUGGUAUAGCAACGGCGUUUACUCGAUGGUGUUUGGAAGAUAUGUUGGUGGCUCUCAAAACUGUGGGUCAGAUCUCGCAGGUAACGAGUACUGGAUGCUUUUCGAGAAAACGUUCACGAAGAAUCCUGGAUGUUCUGAGUUUAAUAACGCCGUCGAGGAUGCCCUUCAUCGAAAAUACAGCACCGACACGUCUUUUUGUCAACCUUCGGAUAUGCUAAGAAGUGGAACUACAACGACAGAAGAACCCACAACGACAGCAGCGCCGCUUGCUCCGCUGAAUUCACUUCUCCCUGAAUCAACUUUGCCUGAUGGAGUAAGCAUAGCCGACCCAUCUACAUGGUCUAUUUGGGAGAAUAUUCUCCUCCUAUCUGCCCAGUCGCUUAAUCCAGAUGUGGAACGCGUGGAAAUUACCACGAUUAUUUCACAAAUUGGCGGCGUCAGGCAUCACAGUCGAACUCUAGUAGGGGCCAAUUACGUAGUUGCUGCAACAUUUUUCUUCACAGACGAGUUCUCUGCCACUGCUAAUACUGUCGUUGGAUUAAAUUCUAAUGCUCUUACAGAGGGAAUUGAUUCAUAUCAUAUGGACGAUAUAAUAUUGUUGGUAGUUGAUUUAACGGCAGAAACAAACUCGGAAAAGCUUCGUCACAACCAAUUCAAUCGAGUUUCCAUUGGCACCAGAAGCCACGACGACUACGGCCGAUCCGAAUGCAACAACGACCACAACCCAGACAACAACAACGACUACUCAAGUGACGACAACAACAGCUCGUAA